AUUUAUAUUAAAGUUGCAGUACAUUUUGAAACAAAAUAAUUUUGAUUUUCGUUAAUAAAAUAAAGUAAAUAAUCAACUGAUUAAUAUUAAAGUUCAAACUUACAAUAAUCAAUGAGUUACUUAAAAUGUGUAAUUGUUUCAGGGACACAUCUGUACAUUUUAUUCUCCGUGUACUACCUCUCCAAGGUGCACGGACAUCACUCUGCAUUGUUGCAAAUGUGAGCGACCGAUUGAUGAGCAUGUGACGUUCCGUCCUGGCCCUUCGGCUGGCUGUCUAUAUGUCUCUCUGGCUACAUGUCCGCUUUCCGGCCUGAAAGUGUGUCAAAUAAAGUGCUAAAAGAUUUAUGCCCUGCACCUCCUUUUCCAGCUGGGUCGCUGCUGCCCUUCCUCUCGGCGACUCGUUCGUUCUCUUGCUGUCUAUUGCUCUCAAUAAGUGGCACAAAGGACGAACGACAGGCGCUCACCGCAGGCUUAAGUGUCUCUAACUGCCAGACAGGACACCAACUGGAUAUCUGCCUAUAUGUGUUCUUCAGUCUUUGUGAGUGUGCUCUGCUGCAGUUUUUCACCGGGUUUUUCCACUCCUGGGCUGCUGGUAAUGUCCUUUCCACCCAGGUCAAUUUAGAGCUGGAAUAUCCUGUUUUCCAUUUCGUCUCUUGAUUUCUUUUAGUUGCUUAUGCAUAGGUUUCGUAUGAAGUCAGACUAAUCCAGUCUAUUGUUAAGCUUGAAGUUUAAUGCAGAAGCAAAAACAUAAUGAAGUAACCAGAAAGAAACAUGAUUAAGAUAACAAUUGUGUUUGUAUUAGAAUAUUUUUGUAACAUAAUGUCUUUAUGAGGAAUUCAAAAAUAAAUAGGGCUUAAAAAAAUGUAAGGACUUUGUUGUUACAAAUUAAAUGGUAAAAUAUAAAAUUUGAAUAAUAAUUUUAAUAGGUAUCUUUAAGUUAUUUUUUAUUAGUGUAAAGAUUUACUUGACAGCUAUUUCUCUUCUAUCUAAAAUUAAGGUAUUUUGUUAAUAAAUUCUUUGAAAGCUACCAGAAAGUUCUAGUUCAUCCAAAUAACGUUUAAUAGAACUUUAUACCCCCGCCGUUAAGUGAGGAUAUAACGAGCCAAAAAUUGAAUUGAUUUAGCUAGUAAUUUCGAAACACGCAACCUUCGCAGCUCACAGUGGUGCCAGCAAAUGAAUUAUUGCGCACUAAGAUUUCGCCGCCGUCCUAUCGUGCUACUAUAACCCCUCCCCCCGCACUGUGUCACACAGAUACACACAUCUACAAAGGGCUCCAGGGCCGCAGGGAUGUCCUGCACCACCCACUUUUCGUUGUCCUUCGUUCUGCAGUCCAGGGACGCGCUUGAAAGGCAAGAAAAACGUGAAAAUAGUGAAAUCCAAAACGCGGCAGAGACGCUGGAGGCCAAAACGAAAUCGCGCGGCAGUCGAGAGCCUCCAACUAAUGACAAUAAGGCGCGAACUGGGAAAAUCCCCUUACCAACCCAGCGCAAACCACCCACCCAAUAUCACGCAUACGCCGCCUUGCCUCGGGUCCCUAACAAAAAUAUCACGCAUACGCCGCGUUGCAGCAGCGAAAUCAAAACAUAAACCCAAAUCCAGUGACUGCAUCGGGUUUUCCUGAGCGCGUGACCAAAACAGAGAGAUGGAGAGAGCGCAGAGAGAAAAUCUCUCUCUCACUCACGAAGGAGUUUCCCCACCAUCAUCAUCAUCGUCUUCAUCAUCAUCAUCAUCAUCACGAUGAACAUAAAUGCGACGUCGUGUGCUAGUUGGAAAUUGCAUUUUCCUUCAGUUCUGUUUCAGUUUCGAGUCCGUGCAGUCGUGUUGGCCGGAGUGAAAAGUGCAGAGGAAAAUUUGCAAGAAGAAAAAAAAAAAAAACAAAUAGAGGAAAUAGAAAUAGAGAAAAGUAAAUAAGCAAACAAGUGCAGUUUUGCAGGGAGAGUGUGUACGGAAAAGGGAGACUAGUCCCUCAGACCUAGCAUAGAUACCUACAUUUUUGGUGCGCCAAAACACGUAGUGCUUAAAAGUCCUGAAAAAGCAGAGAAACACUGAAACACUGAAACAACCGCAACCAUGUCGACGCUGCCCUUCCUCCUGAGCGUCGCCGACGAGCUGGACAACAUACACUCGCAGUCCUACAUGGAUGACUUUGGCCUGGGCUUCCAUCCGCACCGCCAGUACUAUCGCACACCCACCAUCCAACUGUCCCUGCCCGCCAGCACGGACUGGACGGGAUCGGGAUCGGGUCGGGACUGGUCUCAGGCAGCGGGCCACAGGCACACUCGCUAUCGCAGCUACAAGUUCUACGACGACUCGCAGAACAACCUGGAGGAGGAGGAGCCGCCGGUGGAGGAGCAUCUGCCGAUGGAGCAGGUGUCGCUGCCCCAGCAGCUGGUCCCCCAGAACGACCAGACGAUAUCGGAGGCCCAGCCGUCGAGUGCAGUCGCCACUGCCGCCACCAAUCGCAAGGGCCUGGGCAUGGUCAACUCCCACUCGCAUGACGUGGGCGUGGGCGGUCUGGGCCUGAAUCUCAAGGCCGGCGAGGAGGAGGACGAUGAGAACAUCGAUCGCACGGUCCGCAUGUACAACUUGUCCAAGAAGUGCUGCAAGAACUACUAUCGCCAUGCUCUGGAGACCGGACCCGGCGCCAGUGGCAAGGUCAAGUGCAGCAACCUGCGCUCCGAGAGCCACAAGUCCAGCUCCAGCUCGGAGGAGAGCCUCCAGAAGAUACCCUCGCCCAUUGAGUUCCUCACCUGCUUCCUGGUGAAGAAGUCCCGCACCCCCAAGGCCAACGCCCCAGUGGGCCAGCCGCUCAAGAAGACAUAGAACACGGCCCGGCUGCUGCCAGCAGCGAUGUCCGCCAGGACCUCCACCAUCAGCUCCACGGCCACCGGUGGAUCCGUAACGCAUGCGACCACGGUUACGGAUACCACGGCCUCGAAGCGGCGGAGCAACUGCUUCUGAAUGUUGGCCGGAGUCGGAGUCGUCUGUGGCCAGGCCUGGAGUUGGCUUCAGAGGUGCGGCGAGCUGCCCAGCUCGGAGCCCGCCUCGUUGCCCUCCACGCGUCUGGGCAGGAUCGCCUACUAGGCCCACUCGCCCGACUCCGAUUCGCAGUCAGAGGUAUAUACUUGGGGUUUUAACGGAGUGCUUGGUGAAUGAUUUUGCACUGAGGUUACCUCUGGCUUGAACAUUGAGGUUAAUGGAAUUUAUCGAAAGGGAUUUUGAAUGGUAAGGGAUUUCAAUUUGCACUGGAAAAAACUUUCGCCUGGUAAUAAGAGUGAGGAAAUUUUUUGAAUAGGGUUUUAGUUCUAGAAACUAUUGUUCUAAUUUUAAUUGUCAAAUUUCUUUAAACUUGCAUUUGAUUUAGAAUUUAGUAACAAUUAUUGCUCCUUUAACCAUAUAGUAAAUAGUAUUUUCAAAUUAAAACUGCAGGUAACAUUUGCAGGAAAGAAAUAGAAGCAUUUACAUUUUUGUUGUUUUAUUAACCAAUUACACCACAUAAAUAAAUGGAGAAUUGGCUCUGGAAGCCGGUGUUUUUUUUAUCAUUUUAUAAAAAUUGGAAUUGGUUUUACCAUUUCCCUGUAAUUAUAAUUAUAAUCAAAUUCUUAUUAAAGUAGACAUUUUUGUAACAUAUACGCCUAGAAUAUUUGCGGGAAUUCUUGAUAAUUUAUUUUGGCUGCAGAUUUUACAUUUAAUGCAUUCCCUUUUUAAUGCAUAUUUUAAAACUUCGUUUAAUUCCAUUUCCCAGUGCAAACAUUAUCUAACCACAAUUUGCAAGCAACUACAGGCCAAAAGCAAAUCAAAGCUUAAAGCUAAAAAUAAUAUUACCAAGAAUUAUACAAGUAAGUGUAUUCAAAAUAUAGAACAUAAAAAGGGAAACUAUUCAACCAACACCGAAAACUUUUUGCAAAACCAAACACACUCAAUUUUUAAAGCCAGAUUUAUACCAAAAAAAUUAAGAUACCAAGAAUUUGUUAAGCAACAAUUUUUUAUACAAUUUUUUGAUACCAAGCAACAGAUAUAACUUAUAUAUGGAUAUUAUAUUAAUACUGGGAAAGUUUGAUUAAAUCAAGGAAUGGAAAUUCGAGCUAAACCAAAACCUGUUAGGUAAUUCUUAUGUUUUUAUUUGAUUUAAGGUAAUUUUUUAAUGGAGUUACAAUGCUUUCAGGGAAACUUUUAUAAACACCUAUUGCCAACAUAAUUCUAAAUAAGGAUUGGCUUGAUUGCAAGCUUUCUACUUGCAAUGGGAAGUUUAGUCAACUCGAGGUCAAGUGUCGACUUAGAUUUGAAGUAAAUCUAGAGGGGCGAUGAGGUCUCAGUUCGAUAAUGAAAAUUUUUGUUUUUUAAACCCCUUUUAAGGUAUUGGUUGAGCUUGACAUUCUUUACAAUUUUAUAAAAGCUGUUAGCUGUCUUAAGCCAAAUAAAUUGCGGUUUAAUUUAAUAGGUCUUCUGACACUCACACAAAAAAACAAAAAUACACCAAAAGCAAUGUUUCAUUUUCACACAAACACAGGAAAAUGUUGUUUUCUACUAUUUUUGCCAGCUAACUGAAAAAUGUUGAAAAAAAGGAAAAUUUUCAGUAUAGCUGGGAAAAGUUUUCCACAAUGUCGGCAAGUGUUUGUGCUAAAAUGGUGAGAGGUGGGGGUGGUGGGCCCUAUGAAAAGUGAAACAUGCUUUCAAUUUCCUUUUUUCGGAGGACUGUAAACAAGUCAAUAGCAAACUACGGCAAAGGACAAACACACAGAAGACCUUGGUCCCAAUUUCAAAUUAGUAAAAAAGCAAAACAGAAUAAAAGGCAUCGCAAAAAGAUUUUGUAGCAGAAUUGCAAACGGAAAAGUUUGGCGGGGCGUGAGUCUAGUUUAAUGCUGGAAAAGAGGUAUAACAGAAUAAAUAUAUAUUUAUAGUUUUGUAGUCAGAUAUUCUCUUGCGUGUUCUAAAUGUAUUCUAAAUGUUGAAAACUAAAAUAUUUCAAAUGUAUUUACAACUAAUCAAGAAGAACAUUUUAUAUAUAUAUGUAUACUAUAUGUAGUCACACUGUUUGCACUUUUCAGAGUUUAGAAUCGAAACAUUAAAGAAAAAUACGAUAAAUAUAUAUAUAUGUGUAUCGCAAAACUCAUAUCUUUAACGCAACACAAAAUAUAAAGUCAAAAGUCAGCAUCAUAUCUCUCGGAUAAAUGUAAUACCUAAGAGCUCCAAACCAAAAUCAUAUAUGCCCAAAGAAAAUGUUAAUAAAAAUUACCUAGCUGUAGUUUGGACUAACGCUCUUGAAGCACUUUUAUCUAGAUGGAAAAGCAUUUUAACAUAGGCCAACUUAGCCAUCACUCAUUUAACCGAUAUAACCAAAGUAAUUUAGACGUUCCUCAGAACACGAUCAUUUGCAUUGCAAAAGAAAAUUGUCGUAACUACAUACUUUAUCAAAGAACAAAACACUCAACGCAUAUCAUUCCGAUUCAAUAGAUUUCAGCAAAAUCGUAAUCAACUUGAGAUUCAAUAAAUAAAUAUGGAAUAAAAUAAA